ACCUCCCUCCCCCCUCUUUGUAUAUAUAUGCAUACACACGAUAGAACUCAAUGAGUCAUAACUAUACUUCUCAAAAUCACGCUUGGUGAACUUUUGAGCAAAAAUUAAGGCGUAGCAGCAUGGAAAAUGAUACUAAUAGCGAUGAGCAGACAGAUGGAUCGGUGAGAGUACCUAUGCCUGGCGAUGGUCCAAACGCAUCAACUGCUUCAAACGCCGUCGCUUCUGAACUGUUUCUACGUGAACCCUAUGAAGGACCAGCAAAAAAUGACUACUUUAUUACGGGUCGCCUCCUUUAUAAAGCUGCAAGAAAUGGAAAAUGGAAAGACGUUCAGGGCAUCUGUAAUGGGAAUGAAGGCCGCCGCGCUUUUAUUACUGCUGGACAUGAAACAGCACUUCACAUCUCUGCUUUAGCAGGCAAUGUUGAGUUUGUCGAAGAGCUACUUAAAGAUUUGAUACCAGAGGACCUGCAAAUUAUAAAUAAGAAAGGUAAUACUGCCCUCGUUCUAGCUGCAGCCAACGGGAACGUCGAGAUAGCCGAAAAGUUGAUCGAUAAGAGUCCUGGACUACAGGAUUUUAUAGGAACAGGGAGUGAUGGUACUGCUGCAUCUUUACCGGUCAUGAUGGCAGCCAGAUUAGGAAAUGGAAGAAUGGUAGAGGCACUACGUGGGAGAACCCAGUUGACAAAUGAGCUAAAAGGAGAGUUAAUGAAGGAAUGUAUUGACUCCGACUUGUUUGGUAAGUUCACACACCCAGAUAGUGCCCGGAAGAUUUUAGGAGAGCAUAAACGACUAGCUGUUUCCGACCCAAGCAUACUUGAAAAGCUGGCUACAAAGCCUAUGGCAGAGGCAACCGAAAAGAGAAUAUAGGAAACCUUCUUUUGUUGGGGCAGGAAGCAAGAGGAUUCACGGCAUAUUCAAGCACUAGAACUGCUAAAAGACAUACUGAAACUUGUUUUCACGGAGAAUGAUUUCAAUAUUCAAAGCGUAGUUUCAAUAGCGGGACGGCUUUUAUUUGAUGCAGCUGAACAAGGCAACUUCCAUUUUGUCAAGUGGUUGAUUUACUAUUACCCUGAAAUUGUAUGGAAGAUGGACACCGAUCAUCUGAGCAUGUUCCAUGUUGCUGUUAAGUUUCGCCAUGAAAGAAUCUUCAGUUUACUUUACAACAUGGAUGAAGUCAGGAAGUUAGUCACUACUUAUCAAGAGAAAGAUACUAAUAACAAUAUGCUUCAUUUAGCAGCGACCUUAGCACCAAAGGAUAAGCUCGAUUCCGUAAUUGGAGCAGCUUUUCAAAUGCAGCGAGCAAUAUGUUGGUACAAGGCAGUGGAAAAAAUAGUUCCGCCUGCAUAUAGAAACAUGCCAAAUGAGACGGUUGACGACGAGACAGAUGACGCCCCAAAGAGGCCCGCGGAUAUCUUCGAUAAACAGCACGAAAAGUUAUUAGAAGACGGUGAGAAGUGGAUGAAGAAUACUGCGAAAUCUUGCAUGGUGGUUGCAGCUCUCACCGCCACUGUGAUGUUUUCAUCUGCCUUCACAGUACCUGGGGAUUACGAUAAUACAGGGCAUCCCCAUUUGUUAAACAGGGCAAGUUACGACUUCUUAACCGUAACAGAAGUCAUUGGAAUGCUCUCCUCCUCGACCUCAAUCCUAAUGUUCUUAUCUAUCCUCACAUCACAUUUCAACAAAUAUGAAUUUCAGAAAUCUUUACCCUGCAAAUUGAUGAUUGGACUUGUGGCAUUGUUCGUCUCAAUAGCGUCCAUGGUCAUAGCCUUUUGCGCUGCAAUCUACCUGUCGUAUGGCCAUGCAUGGAUUGUUUUGGCUACUCCUUUCGUUAGCUUGUGCACCAACAUUGGUUUUAUGUCUGAGGUUCCGCCUUUUGUUUGAUAUAAUCGGUUCAACUUGGGUCACGAGUUCCAUGUUCAAAUCAACCAGACACUCGGACUACUAAAUCGGCGCAGCACAGUCAAUGUCACCGCGCCCCCUUCUGGAGAUCUUUAUGAAUUUUAUCUACGAUUAACAAUUGCAGACGAUCCAUUUGUAUGGUUGCAAUACUUUAUGCUCCCCCGUAACAAUUUCUAUGAUGCCUAUUUUUAUUUAUUUAUUGAAGUCUGUAAUAUCUAUGGAGCUGCCUAGUGUGUAAUAUUUUUCUUUUUAAAGAUUUGUGUGAUGUUUCUAUCUAUACAUGGAGUUGUGUAUGCUGAAUAAUCUGGUUUCGCUAUAUAUAUUUCCACCUAA